AUAAUUGUGAGUAUCCACUUGUCUCUUUAAAGAUGACCAACUUUCCAUAAAAAAAGUACCCAACUUUUUCUACGCACGAAACUUCCUACUCUUUUCACUUAUUACUUGCAACACAAAAUACACUUCCCUCGUCAGAAUCCAAAAAAUGGAACACCCUUCUUAAACUUAUCCUAUCUUCUUCAUCACUUUUGUCCCAAAUCACUCAAAGGAAUCUUCAAAGAGGGGAGCAUCUUCAAAAUCUUCCAUUAAUCAUAAAGGUGCUGUUUAAGUCUCUCUUGUGAAGAAAAGUUGAAGAUCUUGAUUGUAUUUGUAUAAGUUUGGUUGAGAGUUGAAAGAGGGAAUUCCUUUAUAGAUUGUUGAGAUGGGAGGUAAAAGUUCGAAAUCAGUAUCGAGACGAUCAUCUUUGACGAGUGAUUCAUCAUGGCAUCCACAACAAUCAACAUAUAAUGGUCAGGGUUAUGCACCACCACAACAGAACUAUGCACCUGCACAAAGUUAUGCAGCAGCACCACCACCGCAAACAAACGGGGGUGUUCAAGCUGGUAGACCGCAAAAAGGAUUCGAUAGGAUGUAUUCAAGAAUAGUUGAUAAUUAUAAUUCUUUAGAAGAGGUUACUGAUGCUCUUUCUCAAGCUGGACUUGAGUCGUCUAAUCUUAUUGUUGGUAUCGACUUCACAAAGAGCAAUGAAUGGACAGGUGCAAGGUCAUUCAAUAGGAAGAGCUUACAUCACAUUGGAAACUUCCAAAACCCUUAUGAACAAGCAAUAUCUAUUAUAGGAAGAACUUUAUCGGCUUUCGAUGAGGAUAAUCUCAUUCCCUGCUUUGGUUUUGGAGAUGCAUCAACACAUGAUCAAGAUGUUUUUAGCUUCUAUCCAUAUGAAAGACCCUGUACUGGAUUUGAGGAAGCAUUAACACGAUAUAGAGAGAUAGCACCACAUCUGCGACUGGCAGGACCCACAUCAUUUGCACCAAUCAUUGAGAUGGCUACUACAAUUGUUCAGCAAAGUGGUGGCCAGUACCAUGUGUUAUUGAUAAUUGCUGAUGGGCAGGUUACAAGGAGUGUUGAUACUGAACGGGGUCAUCUAAGCUCACAAGAGCAAAGGACUGUAGAUGCAAUUGUUAAAGCAAGCGAAUACCCAUUGUCAAUUGUUUUAGUCGGAGUUGGAGAUGGGCCAUGGGAGAUGAUGAAAGAAUUUGAUGAUAACAUCCCUGCUCGUGCUUUCGAUAAUUUCCAGUUUGUGAACUUCACAGAAAUUAUGUCAAAAAGUUCGCCAGAGAAGAAAAAGGAGACAGAGUUUGCACUUUCAGCCUUGAUGGAAAUCCCUUCUCAGUACAAAGCGACAUUAGAUCUCAAUUUAUUGGGUUCUAGAAACAAUAAAUCAGUAGAGAGGGUUCCUCUUCCUCCACCACUUUAUAGUGCAGCAGCGGCAAAUUCCUCUUGUACUAAACCCAGUCCCAGUCCUAGUCCUUCUAGCAGUUUCAAGCAAAGUUCACCACCCUAUUCUGGACCUAAACCAUCUGUUGGCACAGCUCCACCUGCAAGUUUUUCUGAUUUUGAUAAUAAGGCCUGUCCAAUUUGCCUCACCAACCCAAAAGAUAUGGCUUUUGGCUGCGGACAUCAGACGUGCUGCGAGUGUGGACAAGACCUUCAAGUAUGCCCCAUCUGCCGAACUGCUGUCAAAACCAGAAUAAAGCUUUAUGGUUAAACAUGGUUGACUGCUAUAAGUUUUUGCUUUCUUAUUGUCUAAAAUUGCUAAUAGCAGAGGGUUUAGGAAGCUGUCGGAAGUUGAGAGACUCUGUUGAAAUCUGACGAUUUCUCAUUUGUACAUAGUAGUAUUACAGUGCAAAAUAUGUUCGUUGUCUAUUGAGAUCAUUAACAGUAUUUGUACAUGGCAAUGAUUCUUCUUGAUUCAGCGUGUUAGUCACUUACCUGAAGAAUUACCCAGUGAUCUGGUGUCUCUUAAGAAUCUUGCAUCUGUGACUGAACCACUGAAAUUGAACAGUGAGUAGUAAUUUGUUAUAGAAAGACAUUUUGGCGUGAUGCUUCCUCA